UGGACAAGGGCGGGGCUUCCGGGCGUGGUCCGCCGGUAUAUAAGGGCUUGCCCGAGCAGACUAGGGCACGGCACACAUCAGGCGUUCGUCAUGAAGACACUGGUGAUAGCAGCGUUGGUGGUUGCAGCGGUAAGCACUCCGCUACCAGACGACCAUGACUGGGAGGGAAAGUCAGUCCCAGGAAAGGUUCGUGCGGUGCAUACUGGGCUCCAUCAUGGGGCAGUUAACUACGUUGCCGUCCCAACUGUCCAACACGUUGCCGUGCCUGUUCACCAUUACCAAACCUCUUACGUCGUAAGCGGAGGACCCGUCCCAACGCCGGAAGUCCAGCAAGCAACAGCUGCAUUCAUGGCUGCAUGGAAUGCAGCUGCCGCUGGGGCAACGAGGAUUCAGUCAACCCUCGUCAAGAGUGGAACUCCUGGACACUAUGUUGUGCAAGUCCCACAGCAGGUUCAGGCUACGCAAGAAGUACAGAGAGCAACAUCUGAAUUCAUGGCUGCCUGGAAUGAGGCUGCCAGACGUGCUUCAACAGUCACUCAUGCUGUAUACAGUGCGCCUCAACCAGUCCAGCAGACUGCUGAUGUUAAGAGGGCAACAGAGGAAUUCAUGGCAGCGUGGGAAGCUGCUGCGCGCCAGGCUUCCAGCAUCAAGCAAGCAGUUUCUUACACUGGAACUCCCCAGCAAGUUGAUCACACUGAUGAGGUCAAAAGGGCAACAGCAGAAUUCAUGGCUGAAUGGGAAAGGGCUGCUGCUCGUGUACCAAAGAUCGAAUCAACCAUGUACUCUAUUUCUGGAACAGUAGCAGCGCCUGGUUCUCACCACACCACUGGAUCUGCUCCCCAAUUCUCUCCUUCUGUUGAACAAGCUACUGCCGAGUUCAUGAGGGCCUGGAAUGCUGCUGCUGCAGCUGCCGCAGCUGCCCCUGAUGUCAACAUCAUUAUGGGAGCUAGCUCUCGUCCCUCUACCUCCCACGCUGUUUCUUACCAUGCUGCUGCCCCUGCUGCUGUUUCAUACUCUUCAGUUUCCAGCAGUGGAGUUCCCCAACCAGUUCAACCCACCCCUGAAGUACAGAGAGCUACUGCUGCCUUCAUGGCUGCAUGGAACAAGGCUGCUGCUCAGGCAUCCACUAUUCAGUCUACUCUCGUCAAGAGCUCAGCAGCUGGUCAUUACACAGUAACAAUUCCCAGACAGGUUGAAGCUACUGAAGAAGUCAAGAGGGCAACUGCUGCUUUCAUGGCUGCCUGGAAUGAAGCUGCCAGCCGUGCAACAACUGUCGAACAUGCUAUCUACAGUGCUCCCCAGCCAGUUAGAGAAACCGAAGAAGUCCGACGAGCUACUGCUGAAUUCAUGGCUUCCUGGGAAGCUGCUGCCCAACAGGCUUCUGCUAUGAGGCAAGCAAUCUCUUACUCUGGAGUGCCUCGACAGGUUGAACACACUGAUGCAGUAAAGAAAGCUACUGAAGAAUUCAUGGCCGCCUGGGAAGAGGCUGCUGCUCGUGUGCCUAAGAUUGCAUCAACCAUGUACACAAUUUCUGGAACUGUUGCAGCCCCUGCCUCUCACCACACCACUGGAUCUGCUCCCCAGUUCUCUCCCUCUGUUGAACAAGCUACUGCUGAAUUCAUGAGGGCCUGGAAUGCUGCUGCUAAGGCCGCUGCUGAUGCUCCUGAUGUAAACAUCAUCAUGGGAGCUAGCUCUCGUCCCUCUGCCUCCCACUCUGUUUCUUACCAUGCCGCUGCCCCUGCUGUUCACCAUGCCCCUGCUGCUGUUUCAUACUCUUCAGUUUCCAGCAGUGGAGUUCCCCAACCAGUUCAACCCACCCCUGAAGUACAGAGAGCUACUGCUGCCUUCAUGGCUGCAUGGAACAAGGCUGCUGCUCAGGCAUCCACUAUUCAGUCUACUCUCGUCAAGAGCUCAGCAGCUGGUCAUUACACAGUAACGAUCCCCAGACAGGUUGAAGCUACUGAAGAAGUCAAGAGGGCAACUGCUGCUUUCAUGGCUGCCUGGAAUGAAGCUGCCAGCCGUGCAACAACUGUCGAACAUGCUAUCUACAGUGCUCCCCAGCCAGUUAGAGAAACCGAAGAAGUCCGAAGAGCUACUGAAGAGUUCAUGGAAGCUUGGGAAGCUGCUGCCCAACAGGCUUCUGCUAUGAGGCAAGCAAUCUCUUACUCUGGAGUCCCUCGUCAGGUUGAACACACUGAUGCAGUGAAGAAAGCUACUGAAGAAUUCAUGGCCGCCUGGGAAAAAGCUGCCGCUCGUGUACCCAAGAUCGAAUCAACCAUGUACUCUAUUUCUGGAACUGUUGCAGCUCCUGCCUCCUACCACACCACUGGAUCUGCUCCUCAGUUCACUCCCUCUGUUGAACAAGCCACUGCUGAAUUCAUGAAGGUAUGGAAUGCUGCUGCUAAGGCUGCUGCUGAUGCUCCUGAUGUAAACAUCAUCAUGGGAGCUAGCUCUCUUCCUUCUACCUCCCACGCUGUUUCUUACCAUGCCGCUGCCCCUGCUGUGCACCAUGCCCCUGCUGCUGUUUCAUACUCUUCAGUUUCCAGCAGUGGAGUUCCCCAACCAGUUCAACCCACCCCAGAAGUACAGAGAGCUACUGCUGCCUUCAUGGCUGCAUGGAACAGGGCUGCUGCUCAGGCAUCCACUAUUCAGUCUACUCUCGUCAAGAGUUCAGCACCUGGUCAUUACACAGUAACGAUCCCCAGACAGGUUGAAGCUACUGAAGAAGUCAAGAGGGCAACUGCUGCUUUCAUGGCUGCCUGGAAUGAAGCUGCUGGUCGCGCAACAACUGUCGAACAUGCUAUCUACAGUGUCCCUCAACCAGUUAGAGAAACCGAAGAAGUCCGAAGAGCUACUGAAGAGUUCAUGGAAGCUUGGGAAGCUGCUGCCCAACAGGCUUCUGCUAUGAGGCAAGCAAUCUCUUACUCUGGAGUCCCUCGUCAGGUUGAACACACUGAUGCAGUGAAGAAAGCUACUGAAGAAUUCAUGGCCGCCUGGGAAAAAGCUGCCGCUCGUGUACCCAAGAUCGAAUCAACCAUUUACACUAUUUCUGGAACUGUUGCAGCCCCUGCCUCCUACCACACCACUGGAUCUGCUCCUCAGUUCACUCCCUCUGUUGAACAAGCCACUGCUGAAUUCAUGAAGGCCUGGAAUGCUGCUGCUAAGGCUGCUGCUGAUGCUCCUGAUGUAAACAUCAUCAUGGGAGCUAGCUCUCUUCUUUAUUCUACCCACGCUGUUUCUUACCAUGCUGCCCCUGCUGUUCACCAUGCCCCUGCUGCUGUUUCAUACUCUUCAGUUUCCAGCAGUGGAGUUCCCCAACCAGUUCAACCCACCCCAGAAGUACAGAGAGCUACUGCUGCCUUCAUGGCUGCAUGGAACAAGGCUGCUGCUCAAGCAACCACUAUUCAGUCUACUCUCGUCAAGAGCUCAGCAGCUGGUCAUUACACAGUAACAAUCCCCAGACAGGUUGAAGCUACUGAAGAAGUCAAGAGGGCAACUGCUGCUUUCAUGGCUGCCUGGAAUGAAGCUGCCAGCCGUGCAACAACUGUUGAACAUGCUAUCUACAGUGCUCCCCAGCCAGUUAGAGAAACCGAAGAAGUCCGAAGAGCUACUGAAGAGUUCAUGGAAGCUUGGGAAGCUGCUGCCCAACAGGCUUCUGCUAUGAGGCAAGCAAUCUCUUACUCUGGAGUCCCUCGUCAGGUUGAACACACUGAUGCAGUGAAGAAAGCUACUGAAGAAUUCAUGGCCGCCUGGGAAAAAGCUGCCGCUCGUGUACCCAAGAUCGAAUCAACCAUGUACUCUAUUUCUGGAACUGUUGCAGCUCCUGCCUCCUACCACACCACUGGAUCUGCUCCUCAGUUCACUCCCUCUGUUGAACAAGCCACUGCUGAAUUCAUGAAGGCCUGGAAUGCUGCUGCUGCUGCAGCAGCAGCUGCUCCUGACAGGGACAUUAUCAUGGGCAGUUCACACACUGUAUCCCAUCAUGCUCCAUCCCCAGCUACCUAUUCUACUGGCUCAGCUCAGGCCUACACUUCAUCAGUACAUGUUGGAGCUCCCCAACCAGUUCAGCCAACACCAGAAGUACAAAGAGCCACAGCUGCUUUCAUGGCUGCUUGGAAUGCAGCAGCUGAGAGGGCUAAUAUAGUGCAGACAAAAUUGUACAAGUCUUCCGGCUCAGGACACCAGGCUCAGGUUCCUCAGCAGGCUGCUGACACAGAUGCUGUUAGGAAAGCAACACAAGAGUUCAUGGCAGCAUGGAACGCAGCCGCUCGUCGUGGAACGGUAGUGGAGCAGGCUGUUUCAUCUCUUCCCCAGCAGGUUCAAGAAACUGCCGAAGUGAAACAAGCUACUGCCGAAUUCAUGUCAUCGUGGCAUGCUGCAGCUCAGCGGGCCUUUGCCAUCAGCCAAGCGCUUCCCUCUACUGGUGCCUACACAGCCCAUCAACCAGUAACUGCUACUGCAGAUGUGCAGAGAGCCACUGCUGAUUUCAUGGCUGCCUGGAAUGAGGCAGCAUCUAGAGUUCCAAAGAUCGAAACCGCCAUGUAUUCCCUUUCUGGUUCCAGCGCUGUCAGCGGUGUUUCAGCAGGCUCAGCUCCAGUGCCAGUUGCAGACACACCUGAGGUCGCUGCAGCCAAGGAGGCUUUCAUGGCCAAGUUCCGCGAAGCCGAGGCAGCUGCCCUUCGCACCUCUGUCAGGAGAGGAGUCCUUCCAGCACCCACUGUGCUAGCAGUUGCACCCGUACACACUGUUGUAUACAGUGCUGGUGCACCUCAGCAAGGGUACACCUUCAACGGCCGUCUUUUCGCUCCCGUAGCUGGUCUUCCGCAAUACGUAAAACCUUGCACAUGUUACCCGCUCGGGGAUCGAUCCCAUGCAGAACAUGUCAUAACCACAGGACCACGAGUUCCAAAUAGUAUCUAUUACAGCCCUGGGCAUACAAGGGCCCGCAAGAGGCUUCGAGGCAUGGCACAGCUGCAGGAGACGACCGCCAUGAAGAUCCUGGUAAUAGCAGUGUUAGUGGUAGCAGCGGCUGGAUGGCCGAUUCCAGACGACUCCAACGGGAAGUCCUGGGAAGGUCGAGAUAAUGGCAAGGCAGAUCUAGCUGGGCACCAUCAACAUUCAGGUCAUUACGUCCACCAAGCAGCUACCGCGUCAGUACAACCAACACCUGAAGUACAGCAGGCAACUGCGGCGUUCAUGUCAGCUUGGAACGAGGCAGCUGCCCGUGCUGCAAAAAUUCAGUCGACGCUUGUUAAGAGUGGCACCUCCAGCGGUCAAUAUGUUGUCGAGGUACCCAGACAGGUAGAGGCUACUAAUGAGGUGGAAAGAGCAACCUCCGAAUUCAUGGCCGCUUGGAAUCAGGCAGCCCGAAGGGCCUAUACCGUCGAGCAUGCAGUGCACGCUGCACCCCAGCCAGUGCAAGAGACAGCCGACGUUAAACGAGCAACUGCCGAGUUUAUGUCAGCAUGGGAGGCUGCUGCCCGCCAAGCUUCUGCCAUCAAGCAAGCUGUAUCUUAUACAGACUCACACCAUCAGGUUGAUCACACCGCUGAGGUAAAGAAAGCUACUGCAGACUUUAUGGCUGCAUGGAAUGAGGCUGCUUCUCGAGUGCCCCAAAUCAAAUCCACAAUGUAUACCAUUUCUGGCACUGUAGACUCACCUGCUUCUCUUCAUACCAAAGAUUCUGGCGCACGGUUCACUCCUUCUGUUGAACAAGCAACAGCAGAAUUCAUGAGAGCGUGGCAUGCAGCAGCAGAGGCUGCAAAAGCAGCACAGGAUACUAAUGUCAUCACAAAAUCUGACUCUCAUUCUUCUUGGUACACUAACGAAGGCCUAACAGCUUCUAGUCAUUCUUCAGCUCCAGCCUCAUCUUUACAGCAUCAUUCUGGUGUUCCACAGCCAGUUAAGCCAACCCCAGAAGUAGAAAGAGCCACUGCUGCUUUCAUGGCUGCCUGGAAUGAGGCUGCUGCUCGUGCAAAGGUCAUUGAAUCGACCCUCGUCAAAAGUUCAUGGGAUGGCCAAUACACAGUCGAAGUUCCAAGGCAGGUACAAGAAACUGAAGAAGUGAAAAGAGCUACUGCUCAAUUCACGGCAGCCUGGAAUGAAGCUGCAUCACGCGCAUCAACUGUUAAACAAGCUGUGCACAGUCGCAAAGAGUCAGAAGGAGAAACCUACAAUGUUGAAAAGGAAACUUCAGAGUUUGUGUCUGCUUGGGGGGCUGCUGCUGAACGUGCUUCUGAUAUCAGGAGAGAGAUAAGUUACACACGUGCUCCUGAACCAGUUGAUCACACUGAUGCUGUAAAGAGAGCUACUGCCGAGUUCAUGUCUGCCUGGAAAGAAGCAGCUGACCGUGUUCCAAGGAUCAAGUCAACCAUGUACUCCAUUUCUGGAGCUGUAGCUGCCCCUGCUUCCCAUCAAGUUAGAGAGUCUGCUACAGUCUUCAGUCCAUCUGUCGAGCAAGCAACUGCUGAAUUCAUGAGGGCCUGGCAUGCAGCAGCAAAGGCAGCAGCAGAUGCCCCAGACACUGAUGUCACUUCUGAUUAUACUUACUCAGACAAAUCUUCCUCUUAUAGAGCUUCUGAAGUAUCAGCUCAUCACACUGGUGUUCCACAGCCAGUUAAGCCAACCCCAGAAGUAGAAAGAGCCACUGCUGCUUUCAUGGCUGCCUGGAAUGAGGCUGCUUCUCGUGCAAAGGUCAUUGAAUCGACUCUCGUCAAAAGUUCAUGGGAUGGCCAAUACACUGUCGAAGUUCCAAGGCAGGUACAAGAAACUGAAGAAGUGAAAAGAGCUACUGCUCAAUUCACGGCAGCCUGGAAUGAAGCUGCAUCACGCGCAUCAACUGUUAAACAAGCAGUGCACAGUCGCAAAGAGUCAGAAGGAGAAACCUACAAUGUUGAAAGGGAAACUUCCGAGUUUGUGUCUGCUUGGGGGGCUGCUGCUGAACGUGCUUCUGAUAUCAGGAGAGAGAUAAGUUACACACGUGCUCCUGAACCAGUUGAUCACACUGAUGCUGUAAAGAGAGCUACUGCCGAGUUCAUGGCUGCCUGGAAAGAAGCAGCUGACCGUGUUCCAAGGAUCAAGUCAACCAUGUACUCCAUUUCUGGAGCUGUAGCUGCCCCUGCUUCCCAUCAAGUAAGAGAGUCUGCUACAGUCUUCAGUCCAUCUGUCGAGCAAGCAACUGCUGAAUUCAUGAGGGCCUGGCAUGCAGCAGCAAAGGCAGCAGCAGAUGCCCCAGACACUGAUGUAAUCACAGGUUCUGCCUCUGUCACUUCUGAUCAUUUCUAUUCCGAUAAGUCUUCCUCUCAUAGAACUUCUGAAGUAUCGCCUCAUGAAGAUGGUGUUCUGCAGCCAGUUAGGCCAACCCCAGAAGUAGAGCGAGCCACUGCUGCAUUUAUGGCUGCCUGGAACAAGGCUGCUGAUAGAGCUGUCCUUAUUGAGUCAACACUUGCAAAGAAAUCAUCUGUUGACCGUGAAGAAGUUGAAUUUGCAAAGGAAGAUGCAGAAGCUGAAGAGGUAAAGAAAGCAACUGAUGAAUUUACUGAGGCCUGGAAUGAAGCUUCCCAACAUGAAUCUACUAUUAAACAGGCUUUGCACAGUGCUCCUAAGCCAGUAAAGGAAACAGAAGAUGUUGAAAGAGCCACUUCUGAAUUCAUGUCUGCUUGGGAAACUGCAGCCCAACAAGCUUCUGGCAUUGGAAGGUUUGUAAGUCCUGGUGGCGCUCCACAGCCUGUUGAUCACACUGCUGAAGUGAAAAUGGCUACUCAGCAGUUUUUGUCUGCCUGGAAAGAAGCUGCUAGACGUGUUCCCAAAAUUGAGUCAUCCAUAUACAGAAUAUCUGGCACAAAGGCAUCACCCACUACUCACCAUACAACAGCUGUCUCUGUUCCUCAGUUCACUCCUUCAGUAGCAGAAGCAACUGCUGAAUUCACGAAGGCAUGGAACGCUGCAGCUGCUGGAACCUCUCAUAGAAGCAAAGAAAUAAGUUUCAAACCAGUCAGUCAGGACUCAUCAUCUGCAACCCGAGAAGGAGCUGAAGGCCAGGCGUAUCAGUCAUCCUCAAAAGUUACUACAGUUCUUGAGACUGUGCAACCCACACCAGAGGUGCAGAGUGCCACAGCAUCAUUCAUGGCUGCAUGGAAUGCAGCAGCUGAGAGAGCAAACAAAAUCCAGUCUUUAUUGGUCAAAUCAUCCCACCUUGGACAGAAAGUGGAAAUUCCUCAACAAGCCCAAGACACAGAUGCUGUGAAGGUAGCUACUGAAGAAUUCAUGGCUUCCUGGAAUGCAGCAGCCCAAAGUGGAGCUGCAGUUGAACAGGCUUUUUCUGCUCUACCUCAGCAAACUGCUGAUGUUCAGAGGGCUACAGCCGAGUUCAUGGCUGCAUGGCAUGCUGCUGCAGAACAGGCUUCAGCAAUCAAGCAGUCAAUCCCUGCUUCUUCUGGCACCUCCACAGCAGUUCAGGGAGUUGCCACUACCCAAGAUGUACAGAGAGCAACAGCUGAUUUCAUGGCUGCCUGGAACCAGGCAGCAGCCCGAGUGCCAAAGAUAGAGACGACUAUGUACACCCUCUCCGGCACCGGAUGUAAUUGUGAGGGAACUCCUGCUGCAGUCGUUGACACGCCCGAGGUCCUUGCAGCCAGAGAGGCCUUCAUGACCAAGUUCCGUGAAGCUCAGAACGCUGCUUCUCGAGCCUCUGCAAGCCAAGGGGUCCUUCCUCUACCUAAAGGAACAGCUGCUACACCAUCUGUGCAUGCCGUUGUGUUCAACACUGGUGCACCUGCGCAGGUGUAUACUUUUGAUGGCCGGCUCUUCGCACCUGUUGCUGGCCUGCCAAAGGAUGUCAAGGAAGUGAAGAACUGAGCAUGAUCCAACUGAAGCCUUUCCAAGUUGUAUAGACUUUGUAUAACGAAUUUAAGUACUACAAAGAUUUUAAUAUAUACUAUAGAAUUAUAAAAGCCAAUUGUCAAGAUAAAAAAUCAUUAAAAAAAUGGAACUUCU